AGUCCUCAGUACAGCUGGACUCUGGAUGGACACAUACUGACAGACUCUGAGCUCUUGUCUAAAAAUUAUGAAAAUAACAUAAUCGUUCUGAGACAGAACAUCUCAGGACAUCUGAUCUGCUCAGUCAGGAGCCAAGUCAGUUAUUCCUUCAAUCAGAUGAACAUAUCUACCUGUGCAGUGGGACCUUCCUGUGAUGGUAGACAGGAUGGAGCUCAAUGUUAUGGAGCUUUGGGAGGUGCAGUGGACCUCAUGCUGGUGGACAACGUCUCAGAAAUUCCCAGAUUCAACUGGAGAAAGAACAGCUCAAUAAUACUCAGGUGGAGAAACAGCAUUGUAUAUAAUACAAAAGAAAGUAGAUUUAUCUUUUUUCCCAGUAAUGGAACAGUUAGAAUCAGUAACCUGAUCAGGACUGACAGCGGUGAAUAUAAACUUGAACUCAACGAUAAAGAUGGAAAGGUAACAGGACGGAGAACUCUGCAGCUCUAUGUUCAAGCUCCCGUGUCCUCUGUCCAGCUGGUCUCUGAAUGUUUAUCCCAGGGACAGAUGAAGGUGUCCUGUCUUUCUGAGGAAAGGGACAGUCCUCAGUACAGCUGGACUCUGGAUGGACACAUACUGACAGACUCUGAGCUCUUGUCUAAAAAUUAUGAAAAUAACAUAAUCGUUCUGAGACAGAACAUCUCAGGACAUCUGAUCUGCUCAGUCAGGAGCCAAGUCAGUUAUUCCUUCAAUCAGAUGAACAUAUCUACCUGUGCAGUGGGACCUUCCUGUGAUGGUAGACAGGAUGAAACUCAAUGUUAUGGAGCUUUGGGAGGUGCAGUGGACCUCAUGCUGGUGGACAACGUCUCAGAAAUUCCCAGAUUCAACUGGAGAAAGAACAGCUCAAUAAUACUCAGGUGGAGAAACAGCAUUGUAUAUAAUACAAAAGAAAGUAGAUUUAUCUUUUUUCCCAGUAAUGGAACAGUUAGAAUCAGUAACCUGAUCAGGACUGACAGCGGUGAAUAUAAACUUGAACUCAACGAUAAAGAUGGAAAGGUAACAGGACGGAGAACUCUGCAGCUCUAUGUUCAAGCUCCCGUGUCCUCUGUCCAGCUGGUCUCUGAAUGUUUAUCCCAGGGACAGAUGAAGGUGUCCUGUCUUUCUGAGGAAAGGGACAGUCCUCAGUACAGCUGGACUCUGGAUGGACACAUACUGACAGACUCUGAGCUCUUGUCUAAAAAUUAUGAAAAUAACAUAAUCGUUCUGAGACAGAACAUCUCAGGACAUCUGAUCUGCUCAGUCAGGAGCCAAGUCAGUUAUUCCUUCAAUCAGAUGAACAUAUCUACCUGUGCAGUGGGACCUUCCUGUGAUGGUAGACAGGAUGAAACUCAAUGUUAUGGAGCUUUGGGAGGUGCAGUGGACCUCAUGCUGGUGGACAACGUCUCAGAAAUUCCCAGAUUCAACUGGAGAAAGAACAGCUCAAUAAUACUCAGGUGGAGAAACAGCAUUGUAUAUAAUACAAAAGAAAGUAGAUUUCUCUUUUUUCCCAGUAAUGGAACAGUUAGAAUCAGUAACCUGAUCAGGACUGACAGCGGUGAAUAUAAACUUGAACUCAACGAUAAAGAUGGAAAGGUAACAGGACGGAGAACUCUGCAGCUCUAUGUUCAAGCUCCCGUGUCCUCUGUCCAGCUGGUCUCUGAAUGUUUAUCCCAGGGACAGAUGAAGGUGUCCUGUCUUUCUGAGGAAAGGGACAGUCCUCAGUACAGCUGGACUCUGGAUGGACACAUACUGACAGACUCUGAGCUCUUGUCUAAAAAUUAUGAAAAUAACAUAAUCGUUCUGAGACAGAACAUCUCAGGACAUCUGAUCUGUUCAGUCAGGAACCAAGUCAGUUAUUCCUUCAAUCAGAUGAACAUAUCUGGCUGCGGUCUGUCCCAUUUGCUUAUAUUAGGACUGCGGGCUACUGUGGUAAUUCUUCCAUUAAUUGGUAUGUCUCUGUAUUUCACUUGGAGGAGAAAGAAAUGUGAAAAAGCUGAAGACUCUGCAGUCUCACAAAUAAUCGAGGAUCUAGACAACUCCAUUCUGAUGAUUGAAAUGAAAAGUCCUACACACUGAACAACACGUUGUUGAUGUGAAAAUUCUGAAUGAAAAUUUUAAAACAUUAAAUCAAACAACUGUUGAUACAAAACUUUUUCAUCAUGAAACAUUUAGUGUAGUUUUGUGGAUUUAUUCUCAUAACGUGUCUGUAGCAGGUGUGUUGUUUCUGUUUUUCUUUUUAAGUUUAAUUAUUGUACUUUCACAUUUUCAUUACAUUACAUACUUCUGUUAACAGGUACACUUGUAAAUGUAUUGUUUUUCUAUGUGCAAUUCAAUGUUCAAUUAAAUUUUAAUGAAACGUAAA